AUGGCGGGCAGAGUCUCUGGAGCUGUCUGUGGCGUGAAGGCCCUUCGAUCAGCAGUUCGCGCUGCAGUGGUCAUCGGCCUGUUGUGUUUGUCAGGAGGUGUGAUGGCAACGGAAGACACAAGUGAUGUUGCAAUGUGCGCAACGGACAAGAAGCAGACCGUGGUCUCUGUGGCGCUAAAGAACAAGGAUGCUACUGUCAAAUUUGCAUGCCCAGAGAAGUCUGUUGUGUUUCCGGCUUUUCAAGAACCAUCGGGGGCAGCUCAGUUCUGUAAGGACUCGUGGUGCACCGCUCAGGCACCUAUGGGUGAGGCAUUUACAAUCGCGCACAACAAGCCGGCGGCGCAACAGAAAGACCCCAAGAAAGAACAAAAAUUGGAAAACCUGAAUGUCUACACAGUCGCCAUGAAGAAACAAGACUUAACAUCAUCGACACUGUAUUUCCAGUGCAGGCCGGAGAAAGAACCAGUCGAGGCGCGGAUCGACACCCCAGGAGGAAUGUUCGAUCCGAAAACGACGAAGUGUGUGAUUCAAGUCGCCGCCUACGGUUCGAAGCCUGCCGCGGAGGCAGCAACAGAAGAGGAGUGUAAACUGAACGAUGGGCUAUCUGCGACCCUGAACACCAGUUCGACGUCGUUCACAUUCCGCUGCCCGGAGGGUUCGAGACUGCUGCCCGUUAACUUUGACAAGGCUUACGAAGGUCGUGCAUGCACGAAGAAAAGGUCAAUCGCUCGGAUGGGUUUGGGUGCUUCCCUCUUGGAAGGGAUAUCUGCCACGUCAGUUACCACGGCGCUACCAUCCUCAACAGAAGCCUCAACAGUCUCUUCGUCCGGUGGGGAAAAUGUGGCUGCACAGACCCCUGUAAAAGUGUUGCCUGCCUACACGUUUUCUGUCUCUGAGUUUCCGGAAAAAGAUGUGCAUGUGUGCUACUACUGUGUGAAAGACGAUGUUAAGAAGCAGGAAAUUGAUGCUCGUGACGAAGUUUGCAAAGCUCUCAUUGAGGUCAAAGGAGUGCCCAAACCGGACCACGCAGCCUCGAGCGCGAUGAUGUUCAAUUACUGUGAGAAAGUGGUGUCCCUGUUUGUGAACAUUCUCGACUGUGCUGUCCGCUGA